AUGGCGGACGCGGAGAAGAAGCCCAUCCACGUGGACGAAGAGACGGGACUCGACAGCAGCGAAGCCGACGGCUCCUCCGAAAAGCCAUUCAGGACCUUGCAAUAUGCAUAUAUGCAGCAUGAGGGUCAAGCCUCCUACCUCACCAAGAAAAAGGAGGGCGACGAGGAGGUAGCGACGUACAAGCCCGCGGCCAAAGCGGCCAUGAAGAAGGUUAUCAACUACGCAGAUGCACAGAAGAAGAAGCUGGGCAAGGAGAAGGAGCUGGCCAUACGGCAGAAGCAGGAGGAGAAAGAGCGGCAGCGUGUCUUCGAGGAGGCCAAGAGGAUCCAGCUCACCGAAGACAAGAGCCUGCCCAAGGCCGUCAAGAUCCAUCUGGGCGAGAAGCGGCCGGAAGUGGUCAAGCUGGGCAGUGGGGAGAGGACCAAGGAGGUCGACUACAGCAGCAGCGACAGGGGCACACGAGUCCGCGUCAUGGGCCGUGUGCAUCGGUUUCGACAACAGAAAGAGCUUCUCUUCGUCACCCUGCGAGACGGUCACGGCUACAUGCAAUGCGUCCUCACCGGCGACCUCGCCAAGACUUACGACGCUCUCACACUGACUCGCGAGACGAGCAUGAUGAUCACGGGUGAAAUGUGGGAGGUGCCUCCCGGUGCUCAUGCUCCCGACAACCGCGAGCUGCACGCCGAUUACUACGAAAUCGUGGGCAAGGCACCUGGAGGAGACGACGCCAUUACCAAUGUGGUCCAGGCCAAGGGUGACGCCCAGACCCUGCUUGACCGCCGUCACCUUGUCCUUCGAGGCGAGACCUCCGCCGCCGUCAUGUUUGUCCGCGAUGCCGUCGAGCAUGCAUUCAACGUCAAAUACCACGAGCUCGGCUACGUCAAGGUCUCACCACCUGCUCUCGUGCAGACACAGGUCGAGGGAGGCAGUACGCUCUUCGGCUUCAACUACUACAAUGAGCCCGCGUAUCUGACCCAAUCCUCUCAACUCUACCUCGAGACUGCCAUCCCAUUUGCUGGCAAUGUCUACUGUAUCGAGAAGUCAUUCCGUGCGGAGAAGUCCCUUACCCGCCGACACUUGUCCGAAUAUACACACGUCGAGGCCGAGUUGGACUUCAUAACCUUUGACGACCUCCUUGAUCAUUUGGAAGAAAUCAUCUGUGGCGUUCUUGAGAUUGUCCUGGGUAACCCGCGCAUAGCUGCCAUGCUGCAGGAACUCAACAAGGAUUUCAAAAUGCCAGAGCGACCCUUCAAGCGCAUGAAGUACGCUGAUGCCGUUGAAUGGCUUCGUGAACAUGAUAUCCCAAACGAGGAAGGCCAGCCUCACUCCUUUGGUGAUGACAUCGCCGAGGCAGCUGAGCGUCGCAUGACCGACAUCAUCAACCGACCGAUCUUCCUCACCCACUUCCCAGUGGAGAUCAAGGCCUUCUACAUGCAAAAGGACAGGGAAGAUCCGCGCGUCACAGAGUCCGUCGAUUGCCUGAUGCCCGGUGUCGGUGAGAUUGUUGGAGGCUCGAUGCGUAUGGACAACUACGACGAACUCAUGGCAGCAUACCAGCGAGAGGGAAUGGAUCCUAGCCCGUACUACUGGUACACCGACCAGCGGCGCUACGGCACCAGUCCUCAUGGCGGUUAUGGAUUGGGUCUGGAGCGUUUCCUGGCCUGGCUGUGCAACCAGCACACCGUCCGCGACACAUGUCUGUACCCGCGGUACAUGGGGCGAUGCAAGCCUUGA